AUGAAACACUGCAGUAUGUUUAUUGUUUUCUGCCUCUGUUUAUGUGAAAUUGCAUCCAGUUCGUUGGUAAAGCUAAAUUCAACUUCUGAGAAAAAAUAUAUCAAACUUGACAUUUUCUUCUCGAAAACAUUACCUGCUGUAGUCACGAGACCUCCUAAAAGUGAUGUACGAUUCAAAUGUGAAGCGGUAAUGAACUACACCAAGGUUGAACAAUAUACUAAAAACAAAGAAGGGAUAGCUACAUUACUAAAGGAAUCUCCUCCAGACCAUAUACAACAGAAGUUGCUAGAAAAUGUGAAAGUAUAUUGGUUGAAAGACAAUCGUAUUAUUGAUGAAGCCUCGACACAGAAAAUAAAGAUAACAACAAAAAUAGAUAAGAGUAAUGGGACAGUAAGCACAAACCUGAGAAUCAAAGAUAUUUCUGUAUCUGAUAAAGGCAAUUACUCAUGUGUGAUAAAGCAAAAUUAUGAGAAAAAACAAACAUCCCAACUAAGGGUUGAAGAAACUGUGGAGAACUAUGAAAUCCCUACAUAUGCAUCUUUGUUUCCGAAUGGUGAAGUUUAUAGUCAACUGGACACACAUUUACAGUCAACUCCAGGUUUACUAUCAGAAAGUAUAUUGUCUGCAAAUGUAAGUGAUUUCACUCCUAAGAAAUUACAGCCAGUAUGUCAAGAGUAUCUAGGUAAAGUAUGUGAAGAACAUUUAAAAGGUCAGUUUGUCUAUAUACCUUACAACACAACACAAGCAUAUCUUGAAAACAAAUUACUAAAAGCCUUUCAAGUGACCAAAUAUUCUAAUGACAUCAGCCCUCAUUGUGAGGGGUAUGCAGUGCCCAGCUUAUGCUACUCAUCAUUCCCAAUUUGCAGAGAUCCUUUCGCUACAAACAAUAACUUUUUCAGAGAUGCUAGGAUGUUAUUUUCAGAUUUUGGUUCUAGUCAAACAGACAAUGGUGAACUGCCUGAAAUUGUAUUUGAAAACCUACCUGAUGGAAAACUUCCAGAUAUGUACAUAAAACCAAACAGCUCCAUUGCAUCAUUGUUCAAUUAUCGUUACAACUCAUCUGUUUUGAGGCGUGUCUGUCGGCAAGACUGUGAGAUAUUAGAGAAUGAAUUGUGUCAGAAAGAGUAUGCUAUAGCCAAGAGGCAUCCUCAUAUUGGACAGCAAGUGACACUUGAGGAAUGUCAAGACUUGCCAGAAAAUGACCCUGAUUGUCUUAGAAUCAGCAUUGGUGCAGUGAUGGUAUCUGAUGAUGAGUGUUACUGGGAAAAUGGCAGUGGUUAUCUUGGGAGGGUAAGUGUAGCAAAUAAUGAUAUGCCUUGCAUUGUAUGGUCAAAACAGUUGCAUGUUACAUUGUCUGAUUAUCCAGAAUUGGCAGGUACACAUAGCUAUUGCAGAAAUCCUGGGGGAGUCAGAGAACAACCCUGGUGUUUUAUUGAAAAAGAUGGCAAAAGUGAAAAACAGCUUUGUAAUAUUCCAAAAUGUGCCCAUAAGAUUUGGAUUUACAUUGUGGUGAUUUUUCUAAUAAUAACAUUAACCAUAAUGGGUUUCAUCAUUUGCUUGUGCUACAAACAUAAAAAGAAAAAUAAUGCUGCCACAAUAAGGGACAUAAACUUACCAAAUGCUGAUAAAAAUAUUUAUGGAAACUCAAGACUAAAUUCUCCUAUAGAGAUGAAUGAAUUAUUAACUAAUAAUGUUUCUAAUCAACCACAUUUGACCAGGAACACUCGUAGUGGUGGUGUGCUUCGCAUACCACAAUAUUCCUUGUCACAAAUAAAGUUCCUAGAAGAAUUAGGUGAAGGUGCUUUUGGUAAAGUAUAUAAAGGAGGCUUAAAGAAGAAUGGUGAAACACAAUUUGUAGCAGUUAAAGCUCUGAAAGAGAAUGCUUCAGCAAAAACUCAAGCAGACUUCAGAAGAGAAAUUGAUCUUAUAUCUGAGUUAACACACGAGAACAUUGUGUGUAUUGUAGGUGUAGCAUUGAGAGAAGAACCUUUGUGUAUGCUGUUUGAAUUCAUGGCCCGUGGGGAUCUCCAUGAGUUUCUUAUGGGAAGAGCACCACCUUCAGGAAAGGGCUUGCCACCAAUGAGAUUGCUAAAUAUUGCUCUGAAUAUUGCUUCGGGUAUGCAGUACCUUGCUUCUAAUCAUUAUGUGCACAGAGAUUUGGCAGCAAGAAAUUGUUUGGUUUCAGAUGACUUUAUUGUUAAGAUAUCAGAUUUUGGGCUGUCAAGAGACAUCUACAGUUCGGAUUACUACAGAGUACAAUCAAAAAGCUUGUUACCAGUAAGAUGGAUGCCACCUGAAUCUAUACUUUAUGGAAAGUUCACUACAGAGAGCGAUAUCUGGUCGUACGGGGUUGUUUUGUGGGAAAUAUAUAGCUAUGGAUUACAGCCGUAUUACGGGUAUAGCAAUCAAGAAGUGAUAUCAAUGGUGCGUGGUGGUGAACUGUUAGCAGCACCUGGGGCGUGUCCCCCGCUUAUGUACGCGCUUAUGCGGGACUGUUGGAAGCACGUGCCGCAGAGACGACCAAACUUUGAGGAAAUUGUUAUUCGAAUACAGGAAUGGAUAACAAUGGGUGGAUGUCCAGAAGGUGGAUGCCCUGCUCCUUCAGAGUGUGGAAGCAGUUCCUUCGGGCACCGACCGUCAGGCUCCAGCAAAGAUAUUCAGGAAAGAGUACCUUUAUUACCUCCUCAUUGUUCUUCGUCCAAUGGCUCCCUGGCUACAGGCAGCUUAAAAAAAUUUAGCGCAGCUGGAUCUAGUUCAAAAGUCACAGAAGAUAAUUGUUCAACAUGCAGCGAAGUACCUCCUUUGGCUCCGAAGACAAAGAAACACAGUUCGGGGUCACUAAUUGACACUGAUAAAUUAGGUACUAAAGAUACCGUUGUUAGGAUACCCAACACACAGUAUGGAAACGAAAUAUGA